UUCAUCCUCUUCAAGAGUUCCUCCCAUUCUACCCCUUUUUUUCCCUUUAAUAAUUCUCAAUUGUCGGUCCAUUUCACUAUUUUUAUCAAUUUUUUCUCACGACAAACAAGAACAACAACUUGUUUUUCUUAAAUUAAAGAUCUAAAAAUGCAAAUCCAAUGUUCUAAAAACCUCAUAUUUUCUCCAUUGUUUCCUCCCUCGAAGAUUCUAAACAGGAAGAACAUUAAACAAUAUGUGAACUUGAGUAAUAGUAAUGGAGGAUCAUCGGGUGUAUUGUUUACGAGUUUUCCUAAGAGAAGGCGGUGUUUUAGUACCGUGAUAGCUUCUUCUUCGACUAAUGUGAACGCACCUUUGUUUGAUACUUGGUCACCUGAUAAAGCUACUCCUUCUCCUUCUCUUAGUGAUGUUCUAUGGCCUUCUCUUGGGGCAUUUGCGGGAAUGGCAAUGUUGGGUAAGGUGGACCAAUUGCUAGCACCAAAAGGAUUAUCAAUGACGAUAGCGCCAUUAGGGGCUGUUUGUGCUGUUUUAUUCAUCACUCCUAAAUCUCCAGCUGCAAGGAAAUACAACAUGUUCAUGGCACAAAUAGGGUGUGCAGCAAUAGGAGUCAUAGCAUUCACACUCUUGGGACCAGGUUGGCUUUCCAGGGGUGCUUCCCUUGCCGCUUCCAUUGCCUUCAUGAUUUACACCAAAUCUACUCACCCUCCUGCUGCAAGUUUGCCAUUAUUGUUUAUUGAUGGAGCGAAGCUUCAUGGACUAAAUUAUUGGUACGCGUUAUUUCCUGGUGCAGCCGGAUGUGUUCUCCUAUCUCUCCUUCAAGAGAUUGUUUACUAUUUGAAGGAGAAUUUCAAGUUUUGAUCCGUCAAAAAGAAAAAGAAAAAAGGUUUUGAUUUAGAGCCCUAAUUAAGAAAGGGAAGUUGAGCAGGAGUGUGUUACCGAGUACAGUACAUAGUAUUUUUUGAGGCACUCUUAAAAAUGUUGGACGAAGGACACAAGUUGAAGUACUGAUUAGUAUUGCAAACAGCCAAAUAUAUGGAGAUUCCGUACAAAAUGUACAGGAAAUUGGAUUCAAGAAUUCAAUGUAAACCGUAAAUUAUUAUUCUUUGUACAAAAUAAAAUUACAAAUGUUGUAUUAAUAAAUAAUAAGUUUAUAAUCA